AUGGAGAACAACACCAGUCUCGGAAUACACUGGCUUUACUUCUUGUGUAUCCUAUUUUUUUCGGGUUAUCCUGUAUGUUGCCAAGGGAGCUGGAUGUGGCUGGGCAUUACGUCCGUGGGAGUACCAGAGAAGAUGGGUUGCGCAAAUCUGCCGCUAACGAAUAAACAGAAAGAUCUGUGUAAAAGAAAGCCCUAUUUGAUGCCAAGCAUCAAAGACGGCGCGCGCCUGGGUAUCGCCGAAUGCCAGACGCAGUUCAAACACGAGCGGUGGAACUGCACGACGAACCGAGAACCCUCUGUGUUCGGUUACGAGCUGACCAGUGGAACUAAAGAGACAGCGUUUAUCUAUGCAGUGAUGGCUGCGGGGCUGGUUCAUGCAGUGACCCGUGCGUGCAGUGCAGGCAACUUGACAGAAUGUUCGUGUGAUACCAGCCUACAGGGCACUGGUUCGCCUGCCGAAGGCUGGCACUGGGGUGGCUGCUCCGACCAUAUUCAGUAUGGCACCUGGCUCAGCCGUCGCUUCAUCGACAGCAGCGUAAAGAACGUCUCUGCCCGAGGGGGAGAUGCUCUUCUCACCAUGAACCAACAUAACAGUGAGGCUGGCCGCCAGGCCAUUGCCAACACCAUGUCCACAGACUGCCGUUGCCAUGGCGUUUCAGGCUCAUGCGCAGUGAAGACAUGCUGGAGGACCAUGGCGGCGUUCGAACGUGUGGGAGAUUAUCUCAAGGAGCGUUAUGAAACCAGCGUGCAGGUCCUGGACCGCACAAAGAGGAAAGUACGGCGUAAGGAAAAGGACCAGCGACGUGUGCCCAUAGGCAAAGAGGAGCUCAUUUUCCUCAACAAGUCGCCCAAUUACUGUCUAGAAGACAAGCGACUGGGCGUGGCCGGGACACGAGGCCGACGGUGCAACCGAACUUCAGCUGGGCCAGACGGCUGCAACCUGCUGUGCUGUGGGCGGGGCUACAACACACACGUGGUGCGUCACGUUGAGCGCUGCGAGUGUAAAUUUGUUUGGUGCUGCUAUGUACGCUGUCGACGCUGUGAAACCAUGAACGACAUGCACACUUGCAAAUAA